GAUUGCAACCUCACAUAGACGCCGGCCACUUGUCCAUAAAAUCUCAAAAGAGAAGCUCCGAAAAACAUUCAAGUCUGAGUUUCAUCUGUAUGAGGCCCCGAAUUAUAUCCAACCAUUCUCUAGUGUCUCAGAUACUAUAAUGAUUGCUCCCCUUUCAUCUGCAACUCCAAUAAAUACUGCUCAAUUUCUUAGCUUUCCCACUCACACUCACUCCACCGCCACGCCCAAGUUUGGUUCUCAAGAAGCUCUGAUUUUGCUUCAAAACUGCUCCAAAUUCACUCAUCUAAAGCUCAUUCAAGCUAAAAUCAUUAGACAUAAUCUUUCCAAUGAUCAAUUACUCACCAGAAAGUUGCUUCAAUUAUGUUUCUCUUAUCAAAAAUUUCAAUACGCCACUCUUAUUUUCAAUCAAAUCGAGAACCCAGAUACAUUUACUUGGAAUUUCAUCAUUAGAGCAUAUACCAACAAUGGCAGCUCUCAACAAGCUCUUCUGCUUUACAAUAUCAUGAUUUCCAGGGGAUUUGAACCCGAUAAAUUCACUUUUCCUUUCGUUAUUAAAUCUUGUUUGGCUUGUUCUGCUCUUCAUAAAGGGAAAGAGGUUCAUGGGUUUGCUAUUAAAACUGGGUUUUGGAACGAUACUUUUUUGCAUAAUACUCUCAUGGAUCUUUACUUCAAGUGUGGAGAUUCGAAAAAUGCGCGUAAGGUGUUCGAUAAAAUGCGUGUUAGGAGUGUUGUGUCGUGGACCACUUUUGUUGCUGGACUUGUUGCUUGUGGGGAAUUAGAUGCUGCCCGAGUGGCUUUUGAUAAAAUGCCAGUCAGAAAUGUUGUUUCUUGGACGGCUAUGAUUAAUGGGUAUGUGAAGAAUCAGCAAGUUGAGGAGGCUUUUGAAUUGUUUCGCAAAAUGCAGCUUCAUAACGUGAGGCCUAAUGCGUUUACUCUGGUUGGCUUGAUAAGAGCGUGUACCGAACUUGGUAGUCUUGAAUUGGGUAAAUGGGUUCAUGAAUACGCUUUGAAGAAUGGGUUUAAACUCGGGAUUUUCUUGGGGACUGCUCUUAUUGACAUGUAUAGUAAAUGUGGUAGUCUAGAGGAUGCCAAGAAAGUGUUUGAUGAGAUGGAAAUUAAGAAUGUGGCUACUUGGAAUUCAAUGAUUACUAGCUUGGGGGUGCAUGGGUUUGGCAAGGAGGCCCUUGCUCUUUUUGCUCGGAUGGAGGAGACAAGUGUCUGGCCUGAUGCAAUUACUUUUGUUGGUGUUUUAUGUGCUUGUGUGCAGAUAAAUAGUGUUGGAAAAGCUGAGUGGUACUUCAAACAUAUGAAAGAAAACUAUGAAAUUACACCCAUUGUAGAACAUUAUGCUUGUAUGAUUGAACUUUAUACUCGUGCUAUUCGUCUCACAAUGAGUAUUGAUUCUUCAAGUGGAACGCUCGAUGAGUUUCAUGGAUUAUGUCUGGCCCUAUUAUGGUCAUUAAUUUUGACACAGAAUGAGAGUAUUUACACAAACAUGCUUCGGUAUUAUUUCCUAUAGGAGCUACAUUACAAAGCUUUCUUGGCCUUGCUCCCCUAUCCUCUCCUUCCUAUAGAUCUCAUUGCUUCUGUAGCUAUAGAUGUUUUUUUUUUUGGCUUAUUAUGUUAAUUACUUGUAUAUUUUUUCUUAGUUAUCAAAUUCUAUAGCUCUUAUAAGUGGUACAGAUUAAAUACAUCAAAUUAGUGUCAUUUUGUUAUUUGAUUUUCAAGAGUAAACACUUGUAACUUCCAAUACUGAGAUGUCUUCGUCGUGAUCCA